AUGGCAUCUUCAGAAAUCGGUGCAGCGGCGUCAAAGAAACUUAUUCUCAAUGCUUUUGUUGAAUCUUGCAGCGGCCAUCAGUCCCCGGGUCUGUGGGCGCACCCUAAUGACAAGUCGUGGAAUUUCAAUGACAUAAAUCACUGGGUCGAUUUGGCCAAAUUGCUUGAACGAGGAAAGUUCCAUGGCAUGUUUAUUGCCGAUGUUCUUGGCGCAUAUGAUGUAUACAAGGGACCUCAUAAUCCAGAUCCGGCCAUAGUGUCGGGCGCGCAAUGGCCAGUCAAUGAGCCUCUUGCCGUCGUCCCAGCCAUGGCGGCAGCCACCAAGAACCUAGGCUUUGGAGUAACAAUAGCUACGACUUAUGAACAGCCUUAUCACCUGGCCCGCAGACUGAGCACCGUGGAUCAUCUCACCCGUGGAAGAUUGGGAUGGAAUAUCGUUACCGGCUACCUUGAUUCGGCAGCACGGAACCUCGGCCACGCAGAACAGCCGCAACAUGACAAGAGGUAUGAGAUUGCCGAGGAAUAUGUCGAGGUCACUUACAAACUUUGGCAAUCCUCCUGGAGAGACGAUGCUGUCAAGCUUGAUCGAGAGAAGCGGAUCUACACGGACCCGUCACUGGUUCGUCAGAUUAACCAUGUCGGCGAGUAUUACAAUGUGCCGGGGCCGCACAUUUGUCAACCGUCGCCGCAGCGCACGCCUGUGAUCAUGCAAGCUGGAACAUCCAAAGCAGGCAAAGCUUUUGCCGCGAGGAAUGCCGAAGCCAUAUUUGUGGCAGGCCAUAGUCCCAUCGUCGUUGCCAAAAACAUUGCCGAAAUUCGACUCAUGGCCAAAGAGCAGUUCAAUCGAGACCCCAGCACCAUCAAGUUUCUGGCGCUUCUCUGUCCGAUCAUCGGAAAGACUCAGGAAGAAGCGCAAGCCAAGUACGACGACUUGAUUCAGUAUGGAUCCGAAGAUGGCGCCCUCGCCCUGUUUGGCGGCUGGACUGGCAUCGACCUGGCAAAAUACGGCGACGACGAGGAGCUUCGUCAUGUAGAGUCCAACGCGAUCCGUUCUGCCGUUGAAGGAUGGUCCAAGUCGAGCCCAGGAGUGCCAAAAUGGACCAAACAUACCGUGGCAAACCACAUCAAGAUUGGAGGUCUCGGCGCAACCGUCAUUGGAACACCAGAGCAUGUCGCUGAUGAAAUGGAGAGAUGGGUCCGCGAAGCAGAUGUUGAUGGGUUCAAUUUGGCAUAUGCGCUCAUGCCAUACUCUUUUGAAGAUGUGAUAGAAGAUCUAUUACCGGUUUUGAGGAAGAGGGACCUGUUCUGGAAUGACUAUGCCGUCGAUGGGGGAACGUACCGAGAGAAUCUAUAUGGUAAAGAAGGUGUCUCUCGACCGCCCUCUGACCACCCAGCAGCGCAGUAUCAUUGGAAAGCAGAGUAG